UUUGAGUGAACAAGUGGUGAAAACUGUGAUGGAGGUCGCAAAGAGAGUGGAGGUCAUUCUCAGGGAUCCUCAGGACAGUCUCGUCGUCCUCAGUGGAUGUGGAACUUCAGGUCGGCUCGCUUUUCUGGCAGCGUCAGGUUUCAACAGAGCGCUGAAGAAGCUGAAGCACACGUUGAUCUACACGUACAUCAUUGCAGGAGAGCUCUGUUUUCCUCUGAAGAAGCUCCUGAAGACGAGGCCACACUGGGCGCGCUCAGUCUGAACAAGGCUCCGUUUGUGGCAGGACAGCUGCAUCUGUGUCUGCAGCACACGCACGUUUACACUCCAGUACUCGUGGGAUUCAACCCCACACAUCACGCCAAGAGUGAGUCCAUACCUGGCUGCACGUUCACGUUCCACAGCGUCGUUCAGAGGAUGCAGGAGCUCGCUCAGACCCACGAGGCCUUUGUGAUCAACCCAGCAGUCGCACCUGAAGCGGUCAGCGGCUCCUCCAGGAUGAAGGGCGGCAGCGCCACAAAGAUCCUCCUGGACGUGGUCUUGUCCGCCGCUCACGCCGCUGUCUUCACGGACUCGUCCAUCACACACGAGGUACCGGUCUUUUUUUCCAACAGUGGAAUUGUGCAGCGCAUAAACGCAUAUAAGAAAGCUGUGGAGGUCACGUACGCUCACAGUGACGGGAUCACUGCUCUGUUGGAGGCAGCAGGUCAAAGUUUGCAGUGUGGCAGGUGUGUGUGUUACCUGGGCUGGGGCUCAGUGGCCGUGCUGGGCCUCAUCGACGCCACUGAGUGUGAGCCCACAUUUGGAGCAGACCACAAGGAUGUCCGCAGCUUCAUCAGUGGUGGAUACAGUCAGCUGGACAACAGCGAAGGUCACAUGAGCUCACUGGGUCGUCAGUUUAACAUCACACAUGAGGAUUUUCUACGUGAUGUUCUGCCUCAUCUCAACAACCUGGACACUGUUCUUCUGCUCUACACUCACUGUGAUGAUGUCAGUGACGUGGUGGAGGUCACACGCAGAAUGAGAGAGAAGACGUCCAACAUCCACGCUGUUUAUCAUCAUCAUCAUCAUCGUCAUCAUCAUCAUCAUCAUCACUGAUGAAGACACUGCAGCUGCUCUACUACAACAGAUGGAGCUCUCCACUAAGCUGCUUCUGAACGCUGUCAGCACCGGCGCUCACGUGUUAAAGGGCAAGGUUUACCAGAACCACAUGAUCGAUGUGCAGGUCACCAACAGCAAACUGUAUCAGCGAGCCAGUAUCUCAAGAGUGUGUGCGGCUGUUAAACACU